CUGGGGGCGUGUUGACCGAUAACCAUCAUCUUCCCCGUCCUAGCUGGAGGGGAUGGCAUUGACACUGAAAAUGUUGUUAAAUAGGAUGGGGGUUAAGCCGCACAGCCCAUUAAAUGUUGACUUGUCGUGUUCAAUCAAACAGACUGCACACAGCGCUUCACUCCCCAACCGGCUCCGGUAACUGACAUUCCAAGAGAUUCGGCAUACUCGAGGAAAGCAUCCGCAUCGUACCCUGUUUCGAACGAAAUGUCGAAUCAGGAAAAUGCGUCUGCUCGGUCAAAAGCUUCCGAACAGAACAACAAAUUGCGCAUCCGUCGUCGGGCUUCCGUCGCCUGUGUUUCAUGUCGUGAUAGGCGCACGCGCUGUGUCGUUCCCAAAGGACAGAAAGAAUGCACCCAGUGCAAGAAGACAGGGGCAGAAUGUGUCAUCAGGAAUGACGAUGAGCGACGACGGCCGAUAUCCAAGGCCUACAUGUUGUCACUACUAGAUCGGACUAGCAUGCUUGAGGGUAUGUUGAUAGAGCACGGCGUGGACGUACCUCCCGUGGCACAUCCACCAAAGAUACGUCAAGAUGUAAAGCGAGAGGGCGACCUGCAGUGUGGAAUGGAGAGUACGUCACCCACACUUGCCGUCCAGAAGGCAGGCACACGGCUUGCCUGUCAAGUGCCAUCUCCCCCAGAAUCAGCCACCGAAGAUUUUCCCCCGGCCCAUGAAGUGGAAUCGCUACGGUUGUCGAGGAAGAACUUAUCUAUGGAAAAGCUUGAUCAAUCUCAGCAAGGUACUGUGUGCCACUUAUGGUCUGCAUCAGGAAGUAUGCGAAACGACCAUAUUUCUGGCCAACUGCGCUUCUUCGGACCCACGGCGAAUCUCCAUGUAUAUUCCGGAUCCUCAGUCAAUUCCGAAGCUCCAGAGCCCCCAGACCAGGUACACCGGGCAGAGCGCAUCAUCAGGUCUCUGACUGCGGCGACCUAUGAAUACCUGAUGAACUUGUUUUGGGAGCACUACAACCAAGUCCUACUCUUGUUUGACCGAGACACCUUUGAGGCCGCGCGGGAGUCGCAUAAUCCCAAGUUCUACUCGUCAUUCUUGCACAUGACUAUCCUUGCAAUGGCUUAUAGGUUCGCUGAUAAGGAUCGUGAAGACAUGAUUGACAUCGGUCUUGGUAGCCGAGAGAGCAUCCUGCAUAGAGAAGCCAAGUUUAUGCUGGAUACCGAGUUUGAAAGACCCGGCGGCAUUCCCAGUGUCCAAGCCCUUCUUAUUCUAAGUGAUCUUGAGUGUGGGUUCGGAAGGGAAAGUACUGGGUGGAUGUACUCUGGCAUGGCAAACCGACUAUCCUUCGACAUUGGAUUGCACCACAACUGGAAUAACAGUGGAGUUACGGAGGUUGAGGUUCAAAUACGACGUAUGGUGAUGCGGGCUUGUGUUUUAUUAGACAGGUACUGGGCUCUGUUUCUCGGGCGUCCAACCAGCAUCAAAACUCAUGGCGUCAGCUCGAACAUUCUCUCACCACAACCCUCAUACACGUCAUCAGCCAAUGUGGUUAACUCGCAAGCCCAUCAGUCACAACUGUUCAAGAGGCCACUGGCAGUGGAAAUAAACGACCAACUUCUGGAGCUCAUGGAACUCGCUGGCCGCAUCGCUGACAUUCAAAACCACAAGAAUCUCAACAGCUCUAGCAGCCAGUCCCAUUUCGUUGCCGAGAAUGAGGCUAAGGAUGCUACAUAUUCACAACUCGCUGAUCUCGACAGGGAAUUUCAAAAUUGGUACCACCGAUUGCCCGAGCAUCUCGCUUGGAAGCCCUUGAAUACAAAGGGGGCGCCGUCCAGCUUCUUUCUUUUGCACCAACAGUUUCAUGUUGUCAUGAUCCUGUUGCACCGGUCCUGGGUCAAAUACACAUCGAUCACUGGCGAUGGGUUGAAUGCGAACUCCCACACAAGUUCUCAAAACUUCACCCGUUCUCCUGAGCCCAAAUUCCAACAUCAAACGUCCACUAGAGUGCAUACACUGGGAACUGGAGAUACAAUUGCUAUCGGUCAUGACUUCUGCACGAAGCUAUCUCGCCGCAUCUGCACCCAACAAGCAAUACAAGUGUCAAACAUUUUCUGUCAACACAGAAAACAAUUUAAUGGCAAGAAGAUGUUCACUACUGGGGUUCAACAUGCUGGGACUGCUGCAGCUGCGCUCAUGGCUGCACUUACCCACCCAGAUGAUGAAUUCGACUCGCGCAGUGUUCUGGGCCACCUCGAGGCAAUUACCCAGGCCAUUGAAGAGAUGGCAGAGACAUACGAUCCGGCCGCACAGAUGUAUUCUCUGCUCAAGACUUCAACGAUGGAACUUGGACAGCGUCUGACUAUUCCCCGCGCGCAAUUAUCACCUUUCGGCCCAUCACAAAUACGGCAUCCGGUAUCUGGAGUGCAACCAUCUGGGGUGCCAACAUCUGCAAAAUGCCGUGCCGUCAAUGAGGUAUCGACACCCGUCAACCUCGGUCUAUCUCAUCCGUCUUCUAUGGAUACGGAUCCGAUGACAAAUCCAUCCCCAGCCUCUGUUUGGGUCCUAACUGGAACAAAUCAACGAAAUGAACCAAAUGCUCCCCAUGAUUUUGGAUUUGAGAUAUCCGACUGGAUUUCCGGGCCCGCUGAUCUAAAUGCCAGCAUAGGAAUUUGUGACGACACAGACAGUAAACCAGAAGAAUUUAGAAAGAGCCCAAAUACGGUGGUUGGUGUCCAUAGUUUCAGCAUUGGCAACAACGAGCCAAUAUGCAAGACUGAACGGAUGGACUGGAGGGGCAGCGAUGUCAAUCACUUUGAUUCUGUCAGUCUGGAGACCUUGGUGUCAAGUGUGGAAAAGGUAGCAGGAGCCAAGAAGGACAGCGCCAUUGUAGCCCCCCGAAACCGCGAGUUGGAUUUCUUGAGUCUCUGAAGAGGGCUUUGGAUACGAAAUUAAGCUUGAGUGAUCAUAAUGUGUAUCACGGUUGUACUACGUGUUUCUUGCACCCGACUCCUUUUCAUGAUGCAGUCUCAAUAGAACGUCAAGCUGAC